CGUUCCGAACAUCGUACAUUCUCCUACAGGAGAGCUGCAGCCGAUCUCUUCCCCCAGCGCAUGCUAGGUCAUGGAGCAGAAGGGAACUAGCAUACUUUCUACGUAAUAUUCAGGAUAUCUAUCACCAAUAGUAAAGCGCAACGCUACAUAUGUCCGGUCGCAUAGCGGUUCGCUACGUUUUCGCACUGACUGGAUUUUUAGGUCUCUUGCACCUCUACGUCCAGCGGCUGAACAUGAGCGUGGCCAUUGUUGCAAUGGUUCGAAUGGUCCACAGCAGGAACGCAACCCUUAAUACCGGCUGCGACGAUAUACAGCACAGCAACCUUUCCACUGUGGAACUGGACGGAGAGUUCGACUGGGACGAGAACACUCAAAGCCUUGUCCUGGCUUCCUUCUUCUAUGGGUACAUCCUGCUACAGUUUCCUGGUGGACGCCUGGCUGACAGGUUCGGAGGGAAGUACCUCAUGGGCGGUGGUAUUUUCGUGUCAUCGGUACUGACAAUACUCACACCGACUGCAGCUCGGCUUCACUUCGGUGUGCUGAUGGCACUAAGGUUCCUGAUGGGCCUUGCUGUGGGCUGCUGCUACCCCGCCAUGCAAGCCAUGCUGGCCCAAUGGGUCCCAAACGCAGAGCGCACCAUCAUAUCCAAUAUAGUGUUCACUGGGUCUUUCGUGGGGACACUACUGGCGAUGACAGCUACUGGAGUAAUGAGCGAUUCUAAAUUCCUAGGCGGGUGGCCAUCAACGUUCUAUGUCUUCGGAUUAACUGGCUGUAUUUGGAGCACCAUGUGGUUUUCGCUUAUAUCGAAUCAUCCGCAUGACCAUCCCACUAUCUCAGCGAGUGAACUAUUCCUUAUAACCGACGGCAAGGAAAUCGUCCAGCACAACAGCGCAAAAACAAUAAUCCCAUGGAAAGCCAUUCUGACAUCUCCUGCCGUCUGGUCACUGGCAGCAACCCAGUGGGCGCAUACUUACGGUGCAUACACGCUUAUGACGGAGCUACCAAAUUAUCUCAAGAACAUACUUGGCUUUGGACUCACGGAGAAUGGUCUUCUAAGUGGCGUACCCUACCUGAUGCUGUCGUUUGUGUCACUCUUCGUUGCAUGGCUGGCUGAUAUUCUGAGGAGGCGCCGUCUCUUAGGGCUUACGUCCGUCAGGAAGCUUUGCGACUGCGUGUCCUCCUUUGGCCCAGCACUCUGCUUAUUGGCCGUAACCGUGAAGCCUUGCGAACGGCUCUUCACUGUGGCAUUCCUGUGGAUGGCGAUUUUGCUGAUUGCCUUCGGAAACUCUGGCUUCAACUGCACCCACGUUGAUAUGGCCCCUGCAUUCGCCGGCACUCUGUUUGGGCUCACCAAUUGCAUCAGCAACACCACCGGGAUUCUAGCUCCGCAGGUAGUUGGAUAUUUAACCGAGCACAAUAACAACGUGAAUAAUUGGAAGACUGUCUUCUACAUCACGUCUUGCGUUUAUAUAACCGGCGGGUUGGCCUUUCUCGCCUUCGGAUCCGCUGAGGUACAGCACUGGGCAGUCGUCGAAGGGCCUCCAGCCCCUCAGCCUGCACAGGAUUGCGAUGCUCAGCGCGUUCCCGAGGUGGAAGAUGUUUCGACGGCCAAGGACUUCAACGCAACACUGGAACAUCCAGAGCCGCCGGUACAAUAUGGCAGUGUAAAUGCACUGGCGCCCAAAUGAAGAAGUCUCCAUACAUAAAAGGAGGGAAGGAGAUCACUGUAUGCACAUAAUGCGGUGUAUAGGUGCGGUAUUUUUAGUCGACACAUUGUCACGAUGCGAAAGUGCUAGUAACGUUCUUAAUAUUGUUGAACAUGGUUUGCUCCCAGAAGUUGUGGGGGGAAGAAAUG